GGAACAGAACGAAGUUUAUUAUAUAUGCAUGGGAGAGAUACUGGGUGUCACUUUAGGCUUCGGUCUUAAUAGUCUCCUGGAUGGGUACCCUUUCUGCAUGCAUGAUGUGAUUGCAGAAGAGCUUAACCUUAUCAAGCAUACCGAUAUUGGACAAGGCCUAAGCUGUAAGUCUUGAAGGUUCAUAUAAAUGGGUGGCAUCGCCGGCAUAUUCGACGUGAUUGCUAGGUUUCCAAACGAGGCUCAAACUCUCAAUAUGUUCUUCUCCAAAUCCCUUAUCCUCUCGUUCGCGAGUUCUCAAGCUCUCGCGUCCAGACUCUUUGUGGCUUCAUAUGCAGGGACAGUUAGUACAUUGUCACUCACUGAAGAUGCAUAUGGUGCAUACUCAUUCGAAGUCAUUGCGACAUCUACGGCUUGUGCGGCCAAUUCUUCGUGGAUCACUUUAGAUUCUUCCCGAGAUAUCUUGUUUUGCGCGGAUAGAGGAUUGACUGCAAGUAAUGGAACUCUCAAUUCAUUGAAGAUUCAGGAGGAUGGCUCCCUGGUGGCAUUGGAUAGAGUUGAAACUCUGGUUGGGGCCGCGGCUACAGUAUUGUAUGCAAAUAAUACUGCUUUGGCGUUAGCUUAUUAUUCCUCAAGCAGCGUAGGAACUUUGGAUGUCACCUCCGAAACUGACAUCCUCCCUCUUCAAACCUUCACCUAUAACCUUACUACUCCUGGCGCGGACCCUGAAUACGAAAGCGCACCGCAUCCACAUGAAGCAAUCACCGAUCCCACAGAAUCAUUUGUCCUUGUCCCAGAUCUAGGCGCUGAUCUCGUGAGACUCUAUCGAAUCGAUCAAGAUACCAAGUUAUUGGAACCACUUGAACCAUUGAAAACUCCCGUCGGAAGUGGACCCAGACAUGCAAAUUGGCUUGUUACGGAAACGGGAAUCACUUACUUCUAUUUGGUCAGUCAGUUGGCUAAUAGACUUACGGCGUAUGAGGUUACAUAUGAAAGUAACAACACUUUGAGUUUUGAAGUGAAGUUUGAGAGAACUCUUUUGGAGACUACAACCCCAGGCGAGGAAUUGCAGUUUUAUAGUGCCGCGUCAGGAAUCCAAAUCACCCCUGAUAAAAACUACCUCCUCAUUUCUCAACGCAACGAUACACACUUCAGUAUCCCCGAUCCUUCGUCUCCAUCAGCUACAAAUCUUAUUCCCUCCGACUCUCUCUUGACAUAUUCACUGAAUCACUCAAAUGGUAAUUUUUCACUUGUCUCAAUUGAUGCUGCUGGAGGUAGUUUCCCGAGACAGUUCUCUAUCAAUAAAGCUGGAGAUUUGGUAGCAGUAGGCUUGCAAAACGAUGGGAGAGUGGCGUUAUUAAAGAGGGAUGUAGAUGGAGGAGCUUUGGAGAUUGUCGCCGGGAUUGAUAUAGAGGGACAGGUUGUUUGUAUUGUUUGGGACGAGUAGGCGGAAUAGUUAGCAUUUAUACAAAGAUGACUUCGCGGUCAAUAAUCAUCAAACCGGCUUUAACAGCCGAUUACAAAACUAGACAUUAAUGGAAACUCAUCACACAGCUUUUCAUGUGCACUUGAGUUUAAAGUAGUACUCCAACCUCAUUUAUUCGCUUGACAGCCACAAUUCAAUUUUCUGCUA